GAAUGAUGCGGCGGUUCAGAGCAACGAGGUUAGGGAGGGAGCUAGUGCUUGUGUGGCGUCCACGUCCAAGGCGAGAAAUAGUAGAAUGCAAUGGAGAGGCAGAGGAGAUGGUAGCGGUUGGACGGUGAGAAGUAAGUUUUGUACCAGUGGACAGAGAGCGGUAGAGACAGGAUCUGUGGCCCAACCAUUUUUACUUGGCGUCUGGAUGCAGGUUCGGGUGGGGAUGCAGCUCCUUCUGAAACCGACUGAAUAUGACACAGAUGAGAUCCGAGGAAUUGUUCAGGUGGUUGUAGUGACGUGAUGUGAAUGCGAUUGUACGAUUGUUGACAGAGCGCAGCGAGGUUCCAGCACUUGUGACAAUUCUUGCUAAGCCCUGGGCCCAGGGAGUCGUCGGGCAGACAGGGCAGAGUAGUGAAGAAUUGGCUAUUUGUGCUUGCUUCCUGUGUGAGAGCCAGUGUGAGAGUGUGCCUUCGCGCCUCGAGUGAGGCCUUCAUUCUGCGCGUUGUAGCUUGGAGUGAAUCUUACAAGUGGAACUUGAAAAAAGGCAUUUGUGUAGCGAUAGCUGUAGGUGCGAGAGGAAGGCAGAGAUGGCUGUCGGAGUCCUUGCCUUGCAGGGCUCUUUCAAGGAGCACAUUGUUGCCUUGAGAAAGCUCGGAGUGGAUGCCGUGGAAGUUAGGAAGCCGGAGCAGUUGAGUGGUCUGUCAGGCUUAAUUAUUCCCGGUGGAGAGAGCACUACUAUGGCCAAGCUCGCCGAGCAGUAUAAGCUUAUUCCAGCUUUGAAAGACUUUGGGAUCAGCGGAAAGCCAAUCUGGGGCACAUGUGCGGGUCUUAUUUUCUUGGCAGACAAAGCUGUUGGUCAAAAGAUCGGAGGUCAGGCACUUCUUGGAGGGUUGGACUGUACGGUUCAUCGGAAUUAUUUUGGAAGUCAGUUGAACAGUUUUGAGACAGAAUUGCCUGCUCCUCCAGCUCUUGCGGAGAUUGGAGGCUCCGAAAACUUUCGUGCAGUAUUUAUUCGAGCGCCAGCCAUUGUCGAUGCUGGCCCAAAUGUAGAAGUUCUGGCUGCGCUUGACGUACCAUCAGGAGAAUCUGGAGCAUCAUCACCGGGAAAUGAGGCAGAAGAGAAAGGACAGAAAGUAAUUGUAGCAGUGCGACAGGGCAAUCUCCUUGCCACAGCCUUCCAUCCCGAACUCACUGGCGACACUCGCUGGCAUAGCUUAUUUUUGAAAAUGGUUCCAAAGGGUGGGAAAGCGGAUGUUCCAGUGAAAGCAGUGGAAGAAUCAGCUAGCUUGAUCCGGCCGUUCACAGACCCCAAGGAUCUUCCCGUUUUUAGGGACGCAUCUUUUUUGGUUUUUGAGUGAGGAGGUCACUUUUAAGUAACUUUCCGUAAGGACGUUACAAUGGGUGUUGUACUUCUAAUUAGACAUCAUUCUUUCUGUAUCUAUCAAUCUUGCCUUAAUAAAAGAAGGCGGGGCAUUCUUUUCA